CUCCUCAGUCCUCCAUCCACCUUCAAUUCCUCACUAAUCACCCAACAAACAAUGUCCGGUGAAUCUCUCCCCAUCGCGCCCGCCGCCUUCGCCGAAGCCAUCAAGGAGCUCACCCUCCCCGUUCUCUACGCCAAGGUCUCCGAGAUCCGCAACUCCAUCGCCCACCUGCACCGUUCCAACCUGGAGUUGAGGACCUUCGUGAACGAGUCAUGCGAGACCGAGUCGGACAAGCGGGAACUCGAAGGCUACAUCGUGGAGAAUGAAGGGGUUCUGGUCUCCAUGACGGAAAGGAUCGCCCUGCUCAAGGCCGAGGUUGAAGCCCGCGGGCAACAGUGGAUCGAACUGGAGGAGGAUGAGGGCGAAGGCCAGGGUCAGGACCAGGACCAGGGUCAUGAUCAGCAUCAAAGGGAGGGUCAGGCAUCAGCCGUCAAUGGGGCUGCGGCCCCCGCAGCCUCCGAGACUCCUGCCGACUCUCAAGCGGACCAAGAUGAGGAAGGUGUCUACCUUUGAUGAGGAUCGUUGUCGCCAUUCCUUACUAUGGAGGCUGAGGAUACAAGGGCCUGCGUUUUACCUACGCCACCAUACCUACUGCCACCCCGGAUGACCGAUGAGGCAUUGGGACUUGGGUACCUUGAGCUGUUGACCGACACGCCGUGGACACGACGUCGCAAUCGAUUCGGAAUGCCUAUCGCCUAAUACCCCAUCAAAUCUCCGACGCACCCCAUCCCCUCCAAAUUGGCCGCAUGAUCAUCCACCCCGCGCAUGCUGGUGGGGCUGCGCCUCAUGCUACAUUACUGGCUGGGACAGGUUUCCAUGGUCUGUGGUUCAUAGUCUCAAUUAGGCUGAUCAGUGUCAUCUCCACAUCAGGCUAGUGCCAGGAAUCUCAAAAGAAAAGAACAGAAAACAAAAGUCCCGUCCGGCCCCGAUGCACCCGGUUAAUCUAGGCUAAUACAGCGGCGUAGUAGGUGGGGGUUGCAGCAGGACAAGCGA